GACGGAGUUCAAAUGAAGGUCACAGACCCAAAAGAGUUUUCUGGUUGCUGUGCUGCCUGGGUGGAAAUGUGGGGGAGAGGUGAGCAGAUGUGGGUGGACCCCGGUGGCCCCGACCCCGCGGGACACCUGAAGGCCUACUGUGCGCCGGGCACGGGGCACACAGAGCCACGGAAGCGAGGCCGGAGUCUCCGCCCCAAGGCCCUCCCAGGCCAUUUUCCUAGGUUGCAUCAGGUGGUGCCGGUGGGGGAGGAAGGCAACAUAGGUUUUCCAGGAGUCCCGAGGACACUAAGGGGACGCGGCGGGGUCACAGGCCUCAGUGAUCCUGUCCUCUGCCCCUACACCCCCGGCGACCCCGCCGCCGGCACUGACACGCCCUCUCGGCAGGGCGGGUGGGCGCCGCGGACCCAACCCCGGGGCCCUCCUCAGCAGAAUCCCGCGCGAACGCGGCGCAGCGCGGCGCCCGCUCCUCACGUGUCCCCCUCCCCGGCCCCGAGGCCGCCUCACGUUCUGCUUCCGUCCCGACCCUUCCGACUUCCGGCAAAGAGUUCCCCCCAUUCCCCGCCCCGCAGCUCGGCGCCCACCGGGCACAGCCACCCCGGAGCGUCGGGGUCCCGGCCUCCGCCUCCUCCCCGCCGCUUCACGCCCUACCCCGCACACCCCACGAUGCGCUCGGCCGCCGCGGCUCCUCAGGGCCCCGCCGCCGCCCCGGGAGCUCGGCGGCCGGCCGCGGCCAGGUGGCCCGGGAGGCGCUCGCUCCCGCGGCAGGCGCGGAGGGGCGGGCGCGGCGGCGGCGCGGCCCGGGGCCCGUAUCCCUCCGCCGCCCCUCCCCCGCCCGGCCCCGGCCCCCCGCCCUCCGGGCAGCGCUCGCCUCCCUCCGCCGCCGCCUCGCACUGUUUUGGUAGCAACGGCCACGGCGGCGGCGCGUCCCGGCCCGGCUCCAGGCGGCUCCUCGGUGUCGGCGGGCCUCCCCGCUCCUUCGUCGUCCUCCUCCUCCCCCUCGCGAGCGCCGGCGUCCCCCCGGCCGCGGCAGCCCGCGCCUCCCCGCUCGGCGUCCGCGCGUCCCCGCCGCGCUCCGGCGUCUCCUCGGCGCGCCCGGCUCCCGGCUGUCCCCGCCCGGCGUGCGAACCGGUGUAUGGGCCCCUCACCAUGUCGCUGAAGCCGCAGCAGCAGCAGCAGCAGUCGGCGGCCGCCAGCGCCCGCAAGCCCAGCGGCGGCGGCGGCCUUCUCGCGUCGCCCACCGCUGCCGCGCCGCCACCACCGCCGCCGUCCUCAGGCUCGUCGCCCUCGGCCGCGGCUUCCCCUUCGUCCUCGGUGGUGGCGGCGAGCGCAGGAGGCGCACGGCCCGGCCUGGGCAGAAAUCGAAACAGCAAAGGACCGCCUCAAUCUACGAGUCAAAUGCCUGCCCCUUGCCCCCCGUCCCCCGCCCCCGCCCUGUCCUUUGACAAAUGA